CGGCUGCUGAGGAGCUGGAGCGAGGCCACGGUGAGGGAGCCCCGAGGAUCCGGCUGGGGAGCCAUGGGGAGAUGCAACGGGCGAUGCACGCUGGUGGGAUUCUGCUGCCUGCAGCUGGUCGCUGCUCUGGAGAGGCAGAUCUUUGAUUUCCUGGGAUACCAGUGGGCCCCCAUCCUGGCCAACUUCCUGCACAUCAUGGCCGUGAUUUUGGGGAUUUUCGGGACCAUCCAGUACAGAUCCAGAUACCUCAUGAUGGUAGGUACACCCUGGGGGUGCAGCAGUGUCAGCCCCAGGUCCCUCCUGUAUCCCUGGAAUCACAGAAGCUGUGGCUGCUCCAUCCCUGCCAGCGCCCUGGGCCAGGCUGGACAGGGCUUGGAGUGGGACAGAGGGACUUGGGAGGGAGGAUACAGCCUGCCCAAGGCCACCCCACAGCUCCUGCAGAGGACCCAGGACCGGGAUUUCAUCAUGACCUUCAACACGUCCCUGCACCGCUCAUGGUGGAUGGAGAACGGCCCUGGCUGUUUGGUGACGCCGGUGCUCAACUCCCCGCUGGCGCCCGAGGAUCACCACGUCAUCACGGUCAGCGGCUGCCUGCUGGACUACCAGUACAUCGAGGUGGUGAGCAGCGCCACGCAGAUCUUCCUGGCGCUCUUCGGCUUCGUCUACGCCUGCUACGUCAGCAAAGUGUUCCUGGAGGAGGAGGACAGCUGUGAGUGCCUUGGCUGGGGGGACAGGGGAGCAGUGUCCUUGCUGGUGCCACUCUGAGCGGGAUGGCAGCUCCCAGAGGGGUCUGGGGAGGCAAUGCCCGGGUCCCAGCAGCUGAGGAAAUCCCUUUAGUUGGGUUUUUGCCCCGUUUUCCCAUCCCUGGUGAGGCAGAGCUGCUGGGGUGUGAUGGGGCCGCUGUCACCUCGCUCCUCCCUUGGCAGUCACAGAGACUUGGGGACACUGUGUCCCCCAGGCUGUGUCCCCACUGCCAGGAUUUCACCCCAAAUCAGGGGAAAACAGCAUUUUAGGCAAGGUGAAGGCUGACUUUAUCCAGUCUGUGCUGCUCCUCCUGCUCCCACCCCAAUCCCUGCAAACCCCCCUCGGGAGCACCCCGGCCCCUGAACCAGGUGGUCGAGGCUGAGGCUGUCCAAGGGCAUUAAAAGCUCAUCUACCAUUAAUUAAUUCCCACCAGCUGGCAGAUCCCUGCAGGGCUGGGCCACAACCAUGGGGAUGUUCUCCUUCCCUGGGCUCAGCACCGGGAUCAGCACCAGGAUCAGACUGGGCUCAGACCAGGCUCAGCACUGGGAUCAGAACCAGGCUUAGACUGGGAUCAGCACCGGGCUCAGCACUGGGAUAAGACUAGGCUCAGCAUGGGGCUUAGACUGGGCUCAGCACCAGGAUCAGACCAUGAUCAGAUUGGGCUCAGCACCAGGAUCAGCCCUGGGAUCAGACCGGGCUC